GUCUCUUAAUUUCGGAUGAAGGGAAUGAGGUGGGGGGAGGAGGGGCUUUUAAUCACUCCUGUCGCUUUAAGGACACUUAUCAAAGCCUUAUUAUGUGCAAUAGAAAUACCAAGAGCCGCUGAGCAACUGAGCAACCGGGAGCAGGACUGGAGCAGGAUUAUGGGGAAGUCAGCGCGAUCUGAACUGGAAUAGACCGCUUCGUCGCCUCAUGGAGUUUGAUUACUCACUGGAUGCCUGUCUUUAUUCGGACGGUUCGGAUCGUUCAGGGAAUACAGCGCGUUGUCUCACUUUGGAUCCGUUUCCACUGACGGAGCGCGUGGAGAGGAAUAUGACUUAAGUCAACGGGAGUAUUCACGACUACAGAAGAUACGAUUGCUUGGUUUCGGACGGAUAGGAUCUUUUCAUUUGACAGCAUUGGAUCAUGGAUCGAGCUGGUGGAAAAACAACAACGGGCAGCAGCGGCAGCGACAUGAUUUCUUUGCGCUGUCUGCGCUUUGCAGCGAGCACACAAGGCUGCCUCAUCGCUUGUUGUUAUUCCGAUGCAACAAAAGUUGCGAAGCGAGUGUAAUGCGUGGAUUUUGAACUGUUUUGCACCUGCUUGGACGUCGACACCGUGCAGAUUCGUGACAAAUUGAACGCGUGGAUCAGCGUUGCUAUCGCGCGUGUGGGAUACUUGAACAUUUGCUUAUCGUAAUGGAGAUUGGGGAGCUUUAUACUCAAGGUCACUGAGUGCUAGAAGGCGAUAUUUGCUGUUUAGGCACACAUACAUCUUCACGGUAUAGUGCACCGUAAAAUUCCUCGUUUUUGUGUGUGUAAUCUGCGUGCGCUUUGAUUCACACAGUAGAGUUGUAAUUGCCCAGUUUUUCAGCUCUCUAACAACAUGGAUGGGAAAUUGAAGCAGGGAACGGGUCGCAGAUGCCGGACCAAGCGGGAAAGGGUGCGCAGGUUGAGGGAGGCAGGGAGCAGAGAAGCCCGCUGCAGCCCAGAGCCCAACUCCUCCUGCUCCGACAGGGAGGGACACAGUCCAGGGAGGGACACCGCUAAAAAGGCACCGCGCCCCGCAGCCUCCACCAGAGCUCAGCCGCGGACCCCCAGGAGGAAGAGGAGGGAGUCCAGCUCACAGGAGGAGGAUAUCAUUGAUGGAUUUGCUAUUGCCAGCUUCAUCAGCCUGGAGCGUCUGGAGAAAAAGAUGGGAGUUGUGAAGAGCCAAGAGAAGGUGGAGAGGUGGAAGGAGAAGAAGGUGGUUAAGCGGCAGAAGAAAGAGGACGAAGAGGAGGGUGAGGAAGAAGAGAACGUGCAACCUGUGGUGAUGGACCCUCUGGAGAACGGCUUCCUCCACCACGCACAGAGAGAACAGGAACGCAUGAAUGAGAGACUGCUCAAGAAGACCUACUCCAAGAAGAACAAAAUGAUCAAGCCGUUAGCACUGCGGCCAGUGAAACUCAGUGAGGACGAACCGGUGCAGGAACUGAGGCUGCUAAAAAGCCCUUCUAAAGAGCAACUGAAUGAGAGCUCCACUCACUCGCUGUCAGGUCGGGGCUAUUCGGUGCAGCCAGCAGCAGUGGCCAUCCUCAAGUGUGACAGCGAGACUGACAUUGACGAAAAGGUAUCUGAUGUAGGAUCAGAGAGGUUCUUUUCUCCCACCACACCCAAAGGUGUGCCAACGAAUGAUAAUUCAGAGUCUAAGAGUUGUACUUCAGUCAAGAUCUCUGGGCUCCACCGUGGUCAGGAGCACAAUAGCAGCAUUGAGGUGCCCUUUGCGCCGCCCGUGCCCAGCCCCACCCCGGCAUCGGCCCCCACCGGCUCGCCCGCCCCGGCAGCAGCGGCGGCACCCCCAGAGCCGCCCAGGUCCCGACUGUCCACACCUCCUCCACUCAGCAGCGUCAAGAAGGAGCAGACACAUCCAACUCUACCUCUGCUCCCUUCCACCCCUCCCCUCCUGAGGGCGCCACCUCACCCCCUGUCCCAUCAAGCCCACCUCCCACACACGCACCAGGAUCCCCGAGUUUUGCCCCCACCCCCACACCACUCUCGCCCGAUCAUCAGCCACCAUCACCCACUGUCGUACAGCAGCCUCCACGAUUAUAGCCACAGCAGCAGUCCUGUGGGUCUUCCCAAACACCACCUCCCCCCCUCACCCCAUCACCACCUCAGCGGGCUGCCCUCGUCAGUGCCUGCUUUGCCUCUGUCCAUAGCCAACCUCUCUACCUCGCACUAUUCCUCCUUACGGAGCCCCGUCCAUCGCCAUCCGGCCAUGUUUGCAACCCCAGCAGCACUGCCACCACCACCGACCUUACCAACCAACAGUUUAGUGGUGCCCGGACACCCCGCUGGCACACCCUACCCAGAGCAUGACCUCCUGAGGCAGGAGCUGAACAACCGCUUCCUGGUUCAGAGUUCGGAGCGGGGCCGGGGGCCUGUGUCGCUCCUGAGGGCCGAGUUUCACCAACACCAGCACAUGCACCAGCACCAACACACCCACCAGCACACCUUCACGCCCUUCCCCAGCCUCCCCCCGGCCAUCCUCACCCCGCCCACCGCACCCCCCAUGGUGCGUACCCAGGCCCGAAAUUUUGACAAGUACACCCCCAAGCUGGACAAUCCUUUCAUCAGACAUUCAAAUUUCUUCCCCUCCUACCCCCCCACUAUGCCAGGCAUGCCCCCGCUGCUCCCACACUCAGGACCCUUCAGCUCGCUGCAGGGAGCCUUCCAGCCCAAGGCAUCUAACCCCAUUGACGUAGCAGCCCGUCCAGGAGCAGUACCUCACACACUACUACAGAAGGACCCAAGGAUAACAGAUCCAUUCAGGACGUCAGUACGGAAACCUGGCAAGUGGUGUGCAGUGCAUGUCCAGAUCGCAUGGCAGAUCUAUCACCACCAACAGAAAAUGAAGCAGAUGCAGCUGGACCCGCACAAACUCGACAUGAACGGGAAGCUGGACUUGUUCAGUCGACCUCCAGCCCCUGGAGUUUUCCCGGGGUUCCCCUACCCUCACGACCUUGCACGGCCACUCUUCUCUUCCACAGGACCAGGUCAUCCAGCAGCACAGCCCUAUGGUCCUGCCCCCCAUCCCAGUGGCUUCCUGCCUCCUAGCCAUUUGGCAGGUAAGUAUCCUUUCAGUCGCUCCAGUUCCUUUGGCGGCCUCGGCAACCUUUCAAGCAGUGCCUUCGGAGGAUUAGGCAACCCCUCGCUUGGGUCCAACAGUGUUUUUGGCAGCAAAGAAGGGCCCGCGGGUCUGUCCGGGUUUGGCAGCCCCCACCAUGACACCUGGAACAGACUUCGACGUACUCCGCCAUCUUUCCCCACACCGCCGCAGUGGCCCAAAUCUGCAGACGUCGAGAGGAGCAGCUCAGCCAAUAGCCACGAGCGAGAACGAGAACGUGAACGAGAGAGGGAACGGGAGAGAGAGAGGGAGCGAGAAAAACGAGACUCCUCCAUUGGGAAAGAGGAGAAGGACAAGGACAGGGAUUCCGUGGAUCGGAACCGUCAUUCCAGCCGCUCCUCUCCUGCCUCUGGGCCAGUCAGUUACCAGAUCAGCAGUCUGAUUCGCUCCAACAGCCAAAACUCCACAGACUCAGGGCGGCACCACAGUGGCAGCGUGGACCGCAUCAGAGACGGAGACAAGGAUCUUCUGGAGCGCCACAGAGAGGCCAACAUGCCUGAUGUGAAGGUGAAGGAGAGCCGCUCGCCCAGUAAAGAGGUCCUAGAGCGGAGGUCCUCAGAAGACUGCAUCAAACCUGCUCAGCGCUCCCCAUCUCCAUACUCCAAAGCAGUGAUCAAUGAGCAGAGCCUGAAGAUGACAGGACCCCCACCCACUCUGAAGGACAGCGACAGGAAGGAGCCUGCAGAGCUGCUGCAUAAGGUGAAAAACGACAUGAAGAUAAAAGAGGAGAGAAAGGAGGAGCAGGAGGUCAUGGUGGUAAGCUCUGAACCUGCCCCACAGCCACUGUCCCAGACUCUCUCCACUCCUGUGUCUCAAUCUGGAAACCCUCAUCACCAUCACCCCCCUCUGUCCCAGCAGCCCCCUCUGCCAUCACCACGGGGCAGUGACCUCCCUGGACCGGGACUGCACGGUGUUCCCAUGGCACACUCCCUGCCCCUCUCUAUGAGUGCUGUGCCUCAGAUAGGCAGUCUGAACGUCCUGGACAGGGCUCGUAUGGCCCCCUUCAUGGGGGUGAGCCCCCUGGCAGGACGAGAGCGUCUGCCCCAUCCAGCCUUCCCCUGGGACCCUCUGAGAGAAGCUUACCGCAGCCUGGACCUGCAGCGCCGCAUGGACUUCCAGCUCCGGGCCGAGGGACACCGGUUCCCCAGUGUGUACGAGCAGGAGCGGGCGUACCGCGAGCGAGAGGCCCAUGACUACUCCCACCACGAGCACCUGCUGGAGGUCCGGCGGGAGCAUGAGCGCCUGAGACAACAGGCCGAGGAGAGAGAGCGCCUUCACCUGAGGGAGGAGUUGGACAGGGCCCGUCUGCACCAGCUGCAUCAGUCCCCUAUGGAGGGACACCUGCCCCACAUGCCCCCCUUUAUGCCUCCUUUGGGGGGCAUGCCUUAUCCCAGACUGAGCCCCUCCACUGGACACAAUGGGCCACUGAACAGGACACCUCCAACUGCUGCGCUCAGUGCGCCCCCGCCCCUGGUGCCAGCUGCUAAUGCUCGUCCGGCAUCACCCAGAAGGACUACCCCCCUCACCACCCAGGACCCCAGGGACUACUCCCCAUCUCGCAACCCCAAAGAGGUAGAAGCCCGGUAGCUUCUGACAGUCUUACUGUAGGACUUUGAGCCCACUCUGAAACAGUGCACUGCUCCUUACCAGAAAAGAGCAUCAGUCCCUAAGGGAAAGGGUAUGAUUGUACAAAUGAAAUGUGCAACAGACUGCACAUGCCAUGACCUAUUUUUAGUGGACUGAAGGUUAAAUAAUGUCGGUGAAUAACACAUAUAAGUGUAUGUUUAUAGCCGACUUAAAUAUUUGAUAAUUAUUAAUAUAUUAAUCCAGUACCUUUUUUGCUUUAUGCAAGAAGAGGGGUCUCAAUCGAGUUUGUACAUUUCUUAUUCUUGUUCCAUGUAUAGAUAUCAUUUCUAUAAAUUUGAUGUAUUUUGUGCAUUCGUCACUCUUUUUACAAUAUUUAUCUCAGUUGAUAGUGAGACAUAUCCAUUAUGACCCACACUAAAGACUGGAUUUCACUUUGACCCUAAUUUAACCUCAUGGUACCAGGAGAUCCUCAAUGACAAUGUACAUUGUUACAUUACCAAUCUGUUUUGUUCAUUUGUUUGCCUUUGAGAUAUGCAGAUAAAUAUAUUAUGAGGUCUUUGUUCAGUCCCUGUAUAGAAAACGGAUGUAAAUAUCUUGUUGAUAUUUCUUUGCUGUAAAAUGACCAUGUAAAUUAUAGGCUUUUUAACCAUUUCUAGAAAAACAAAAUGAAGUGAAACUUGGAGAAACCCAUCACUUUGAAACUAAGACUAGGUUUUUGGCCAAUGAAUGGGUUGAACUGAGGGUGUUGUAAGAGGGCCAAGAAGGAUCAACUGCAAUCUAUGCAAAGCAGCACACAGCACCCUAAGGAAACUCAGACUGGAAGGAGCGGAUUCUCACAACUCUUAGAGGAACCUGGAUUAACAAGUGUUUAUAUUUACCAAUGAAUUGGAAUUCUCAAAAGACUUCCAUGUCACAAACUGGACCAGCCCUGGACAGAUGCGAAAGACACUUUUUAGGGGCAACAAAAGGACUUUUUCUGUCAACCGUGUGGUGUUGUGCAGUUGUUUUUCUUAGACUCUUGUAUACAAAACAAACAAGUAGAGUUUUAGGCGUGCAAAAAUGAACAUUCAUGGUUUAAAAUGUACGGAAUA